AUUGAAAGAGAUAGAGACGGCUUCGAUCAGCCAGAAAAAAUUGCUGACACUGCAUUCAUCUACAGCUAACACGUACCUCAGUACGUGUCACUGCCGCUCCUUUCCACCACCCAGCUGCACACAUGCCUCCCUCCCUGUUUCUCCACCCUAAAACCAAAACCCCACUCCACUUGCUCCUCAUGCAACCACUCCUUCGUUAGCUGUCCGAUGCAGAAAACUAAAAACAAGAGCAGACAGAAUAGCAAAAUAACAUCCGAAGUUCAUUAGCGCACAGAAAAAGUUUAGGUGUUGGGUCCUUGCUCACCGGCGAUCCAGGACUGCAAGGAGUUAUUGGAAGCUAGUUUUACUUAAAUCAGCUGCUUAAUAGUUGAUACAGACAGAUACUGGGACACGUACAUCUAUGGCUCCCCCACGUAGAUAUGCGCUUGGAAGGGCAGAAGAGGCGACCCACCCCGACUCCAUGAGAGCCACCUUGGCAGAACUCGUCGCCACCUUCAUCUUCGUGUUCGCAGGCGAAGGUUCGGUCCUCGCUCUUGGAAAGUUGUACGGGGAGAAGGCAGCAUUAGAAGCGUCCGGACUGGUGUCCGUCGCACUGGCACACGGGCUGGCGCUGUUUUCGGCAGUAGCAGCGAGCAUGAGCGUGUCCGGCGGCCACGUCAACCCCGCAGUCACUUUCGGCGCCCUUGUCGGCGGCAGGCUCUCCCUCCUCCGCGCCUUCUAUUACUGGGUGGCCCAGCUUCUCGGCGCCGUCGUCGCCGCUCUCCUCCUCAGGCUGGCGACCGACGGCAUGAGACCAGUUGGGUUUUCGUUGUCGGCGGGAGUGGGGGAGUGGAACGCGCUGAUUCUGGAGAUAGUGAUGACUUUUGGGCUGGUCUACACGGUGUACGGGACGGCGAUAGAUCCGAAGAGGGGGAGCGUGGGGACGAUAGCACCAAUGGCGAUAGGGUUCAUAGUGGGGGCGAAUAUACUGGUGGGUGGACCUUUCGACGGGGCGUCAAUGAAUCCGGCCAGGGCAUUUGGGCCGGCGGUGGUGGGGUGGAGGUGGAGGAGCCACUGGGUGUUCUGGGUGGGUCCGUUUGUGGGAGGGGGAAUCGCUGGGCUCAUCUACGAGUUCAUGGUCAUACCUUCGGACCAGACCACCCCGCAUCACACUCACCAGCCUUUGGCUCCCGAAGAUUACUAGCUUUUCCUAUAUAUAUAUAUAUUCCUUGUGGUGUUUGUGCUACCUCCCAGUUCGUAUGGCUUUGUUUGUGCUCUCCGCCUUUGUAUGUGUUGUGUUCUCUCUCUCUCCCUCCCUCCCUCCCUCUCCCUCUCUCUCUCUCUCUCUCUCUCUCUCUCUGUUUUGGUUAUCAUUGAAUUAAUGCCGUGUGCUUACUUUCCCCCCAUCUCAAUCAUGCUUGUGUACGCUUAAUUACCUCUUAAUGAAUAAGUUGGUUUUUUUUUU